UGAGCAGUGACGAUGCAGUGGUGUGAGCAGCAGAGCGCAGCAUAUGCUCCAGGACUCCCUACCCGCUCCACGCUACUACUUGCUUCUGCUUACGCUGCUGCUCACACGCACACCUGCGCGCACGCUCUCGCGCCCACAUUCAUGCACAGCAGUGAAGAAAAUCGAUAAGACACAAAACUAGCACGGACCAAGCGCAGCUCCCCUUACUCGCCUGACGCUCUCCGUACGGAUUCGUUGCUAUUUUUCUCGCUGCGGUCAGUAAACAAGGGACGCCUUGCCUUGUUGUCUUACCCGUGAGGCACAGACACGUAUGCCUACAGCCACGAACACCGACAAAGACGUCGAAGACACAGACGGUUAGACUCAAUGUAGCGCGCACUAAGCCUCGCGAUCCCGCCGCUCUUGCUGGCCUCACUGUCACACAUCCCCCGAUCAGGCCAUGCAAUGCACACACAAAGAACUGCCAACCCUGUGCCCCGAGGUUGCGAAUUUGCCGCACCGAGGCCGGAUACAUUAGACGGUCUGCACCAGGGCUCAAUCAAAGGGUCAUGUACGAGCCUUUCGGUAGUACUGCAGCAUCGGAACGAUGCCUUUGUGAGACCCCCUUUUUUGGGAGCGGUGGUACGAGGAUGGUACAAGGCCGCCCUACAGACAUGGAAGAGGUGGCGUGCGGUGAACAAUGGAAAACAUAAAACAAGACGAAUGGGCAAGAAGUCUAGACGAGCAAGAAGUCGUCGGUUUAGGAGAUUGGUCCUACACUUGCGCCCUCUGGAAGGGGCUGUUGACGGAGAGUCAAACGACGAGUCGCACGUGAUUUUUAGCCAUCAAGCCUGCGGCUUGCAGUUUCGCACUGCUUCUGCGUGUUCAAGGCGAUGACUGCGACGAGGUAGUCGUAUCACCGGUUCUACGGCUGAAGCUAACGUGGAUGAGACGGUGUUGUUUGGUGAUGUAACAAGUGACGAUCCGCAGCACAAAGCGUCGCCUGUCCCAUUCCCGCUCCGCCCCACCGUGUGCCGGCGCAAAUCCUCCGUGCUCUUGGCACGUCCACUCCGUCCCUCCGCAAGAGCCUCAGAGCCAUUUUUCCUCCCGACCAGAGCUCCGCUGGCUGAAGCUACGUCCUGCCUUGCGAUCAAUCCCGUCCUCUUCGUCAUUACUACUCUCGCCGCCGCAACCACGACCGCGACCCGACGCAGACGACAUCCCUCGCGUCCCGAUACGCGUGCACAGCGCAAGGCACGCCUAAUGCAUGGCCCACUCCUGACACCACACCAAGCACACAACCUUGAUUAGCAAGGAGCAGUCGCAGCGGAAAUAAAUAUCUCCAGGUAAAGUCAAUGUCCGCGGCCAAGCGUUCGCGCGCUGCAUUCGAGGACGAUCUCCGAGCAAGAGCGAGUCCCUACGCCUUUUUUGGAACCCCGCUGCCACCCCUCGACGCAGGCGUACGAGAUGACGGCUCCUACGUCCCCGUGUGGCAGCAAGAGGUGAGGGAUGAGCGUGGCAGGAAGCGUCUACACGGCGCUUUCACAGGCGGCUUCAGUGCUGGGUAUGUAUAAACUUCGCUCCCUUUAGACUUUGAUAUGCAACACAACAAUAUACAUUGAUCAGUCCCAAUGAUUGUAUUUGAAUCGGGUGAGACGUGUCUGGUUAUGCGCUUUGUGUACACAGAACCUUGGGCCAGUUUCGUUUGUACAGUCGCUGCUUUUGGAAAUUCAAAUCUUCCUGCCCCCAUUGCGCAUGCUUUUCUGUUGCCAAGAGAUAAAAGACGCACUGAUGCUAGCAGCUGAAACCGCAGAUACUUUAACACAGUUGGUUCCAAAGAAGGAUGGACGCCGCAGUCCUUCGUUUCGUCGCGGAGCAACCGCGCCAGUAUGCAACAGCGCCCCGAAGACUUCAUGGACGAGGAAGAUUUGGCUGAUGCCGAGGACGCGAAACGCCUACACACCGCGGCGGGGUACAGCGGCCUAGGAGGCGCAGCCGUUGGCGUCGACGGGAGUCUGAGCGGAAAUGCUUUGCUAGACAUUAUGAGAGUUGGUGGUGCGGAUAGUAAAGGAGCGAUGCUGCUGCGAAGAAUGGGGUGGAGAGAAGGACAGGGCAUUGGGCCCAAGGUGAAGAGGAAGGCAAGAUAUGACGAGGACGAUGGGAACGAUGAUGUGGAAGGCGAAACACAUCUGUUCGCACCAGAGGACAGCAAGAUGAUUGCCUUUGAGAAGAAGAGCGAUUGCAAGGGACUAGGAUAUGCGGGUGAACUCUCGCUGCACCGCACGAUCGAAAACAAUUCCAAACUAGACAGUGACGACGACGACGAUGACAGCGCAGCUGCGUGGAACCGUGCUGCCAAUGCGGCCAAGCUGAAGAAGCUCCGACCAUCCAAGACGAAGAAACCAAGCUUUGGCGUUGGCGUACUUAAUGACACGGGCUCCGACGACGAAGAUCCGUAUGAGAUAGGCCCCAAGAUCUCUUACAAUCGUACCAUUGGGGGCGACAAGAAGCCCACAAAGAAGAAGACCGUAGUCGGUGGCGCGAACCCACUCCUCGCAUCGCGACCCGUCUUCGUGUCCAAGAAGAACGCUCCUGCGGGAAAGGCUGCAGCCUCUGGCUUCAGAAAAUGUCACGACGGUAGGCUCCCAUUGGACGGGUUUGUUCUCGCGAUGCAGGCUCUAGACAUAUCGCCGAUCAACAAGUACCCUCCGCCUAAGAUUCCAGACGGAUGGAAACCGAAACGCUCGCGGUGGGACGUCGCACCGGCCGAAGAGCACAAAUCUACCGCGGACAUGGCCAAAACGUCAAGCCUUGACCCCAAGGCCCGAGCCGCAGCGCUGGGUGAAGAGAUGCUGCCUGGCAAAUCCAUCUUCGACUAUAUAUCGUCCGCGGCACGAGACAAACUUGCUGCUGUAGCUGGGCGUUCGGAUCUUCCGCAGGGACGCGGCGAAGAUGCACCCGAGGGCUAUAGACUCACGGAAGAGGAUAAACAAAAGCAGAUGUGGAAUUCAGUGCCAACUCUCAGCAGAAGCAUUGCGCUCGAAGCGCUCCAGCGUGGUGCUAGCGGCUGGAUGCCUUACGCGGACGACGAAGCGAAGCGCGCACGGUACCGGGCCUUCCUCGAGCUCAAAGCCGGCAUCCGCGACGCGAACAUACUUCCCGAACGCGCAAAAGGUAUGAGCACCGACGACUGGAGGAACGAGCUACGUGAGUUCGCACAAGCAGCCGAGGUCUUCCGCCCAAUCACUGGAGCCAUGGCCUCACGCUUCACUUCAUCGUCGCGAGCAUUUGAAGGGACACUACAAAACACUGACGACAGCGGCGGUGACGCGGCCAAGGACGCAAAAGGGCCGCUUCUGAGCAAGCCCGCUGCGAAGCCUGAGGAUCCAGCCGAGGCGGCCGCAAAGAUUGGCAUGUAUGGGCACAUGACACGGACUGUCCUGCCAUUUUAUCCCACGCGGCUCCUUUGCAAGCGGUUUGGCGUGCGUCCUCCCACAAAUGUGCAGCUAGACCCCUCGUCUGAGCAGACUGCGGACGCUACUGCGCAGGAGAUGGUCCCCAGGAAAGCGAUCGAACGCAUGAUGCAAGAUGCGGCUCUUCGGCGGUUCACGAGCAGUGGGUUCGAAGGGGGCUCUGACGACGUUCAUAGCGGUCAGGCCGCUCAAGUCGUGCCGCAGGCACCGGCGGACAAUACACCGUCGCCCGAGAGGGUCGAUGCGGAGAGGAAUGAGGCGCUCGAGGCCGAGAGGCCGGGUGACGCGGUGUUCAAAGCUAUCUUUGGCAGUGACGACGAGGACGAAGACUAGCGUCAGCAUCAGCGACGCCGAUAUGGCAUAUGCAUAUGUAGGCCUUUUCGCUCGCCACACAAGGGCCUUUACUGCGCCAGUAGCCAAGUACCCUUUGUCCUCGUCCGUCUCUCCGUGCCAGCUGCUGGACCAUCACAGGCUCGUAGUCUGGAGGUUAACAAAAGCGAGCCCUCUCCCCCAAAGCGAACAGAAGCCUUCUUCUGCACAAUAGCAUUCACACCCAUUCUUCACUCGCAGGCCUUGCUUACCUUCGCUCCCGUACAUAAGAGACCUUUUCUUCUUACAGGGUCAGAAUUGAGCCGCUUAGGAACAGCAAACGAUUUGUCUUGCCUCUUCAA